AUGACUAUUACUGCAGUUCUAGGACUUAUUCUAAAUUUAGUUGCAUCUGCUUUAUUUAUCAGGACCGACAUUGCUCAUGAUGCAUUUGGUCACGGAUCUAUUGGAAUCAGAAUAGUGUUUAUAAUUGCAUUAGUUUAUUCAUCUAUUUUACUUAUGCAUCAUACAAAGACAACGAUACACUCAAUUGUCAUUCCAAGAUUAGGCGAUGGUACUAUUUUAACUUCUCAUCCAUUUAUCUAUUAUUGCAUAUGCACAGCUUUCAGUUUGCCGGUAAUAUUCCUCAAAAGAUUUGUUGAUAUGAAUUUGUACUUUAUCUUGGCAAAUAUAGCAGAGAUGCUUGUCUUAGCUACAGUUAUUUAUUUCUUCGUUAAAGAUAUGAAAGAUACUGGCUUCAAUCCUGAGAAAAAACUUCAGUGGUUUGUCAAAGAUUUCUGGGAGACAAUUCAUGGCUUUGCAACAUGGAUUGUCAUUUUCUGGAUCGGCCCAUUCAUUUGUGCUAUUUCGAAGUAUCUUAAAGACACAAAACAAUCAACAAUUAUGAAUGUUGUUUAUUCAUCAUCAGCUCUUGCAUUUAUAGUUAACUUUGCAAUUCCACUUUUAGGACACUUUCAUUUUUAUGGCAUCUGUGACGAAGAACUGAUCACAGGUUUUUAUGAUGAAAAAUAUGCAAUGACGACCGUUGGACAUGUUGGAGUUCUUAUUAAUGCAUUAGUCACAAAUGCUGGCUAUAUUUUCUUAGCCUCUAAUGAACUGACACAACUUUUCCAUAAGAAUGAAAGUUUAUUUGUUAAACUUUGGUCAUAUCUUACAAUUAUACUCCUUAAUUGCUUACUUUUAACUUAUUUUGAAGGCAGAAACGAGUUAUAUUUUGAAAUCGUUGGAAAUAUCUCAUAUUUGUUCUUUUCUUUGAUCCUACCUCCAAUUUUGUAUCUUAAAGCAUUUAAAUUCAGGGAAAUAUGGGGAUUUAUAUCUGUAUUCUUCCUUGUAUUUGCUGUUGCUUUAUCUUGUUGUAUUAUUUAUGUUCAUAUUAUAGAGUAA